AUGGCUGCCCACAUUGAAGAGUACGACAGUUCGGAUUCAACCGACACUGUCCGUACCUUCAAACCCUCCCGUUCCCCUCGAAAUAACUUUUUGACGACCUCCUCUGGGCGGUCUUCGGCCAAUGCAACCCCCCAUCCUUCACGACCAACAUCUCCAAUGCCCCAGUUUCGCACAUCUGCUACUUCCUCUUCUACUUCAGACACAGAUAGUGAGACACCCUCUUCACCACUACUUCGACCAACUCGACGUUCUUCUUCGUCAUCUUCUUGGUGGGGUGAUGACCGACGGCAGUGGUGGAAUAUCUCUCGCAGAAGAAGGAAACGCCAUGGAAAGUUUGUAACGUCGUUGAAAAAGUGGUCGAGGUGGCUUGUCCGACAUCCUUUCUUUCCCCGCCAGCCCAUCACCAUUAUUCUGACGCUCAUUCUGCUCUCUGCAUUCACUAUAUUCGUUACCCUUCUACUAAUGUACAUCCUCAAUCCGGACAAAGACCCGCUUCCCUGGCGUGCAUAUUGCUCCAAAACCGCUCCCUUCCCUCCCUCCCACCUGGAUUCGCUUCCUCCUGCAGGCGUCUUUGUUGGUGUAUUUUCUAUCGACUCUGCAUUCGAGCGCAGGUCGUUAGUCCGCACAACUUGGGCAAAUCAUGCACAUAGCCGGAAUGGCGCGGGUGCUGGGGAUGGAGGGCAUGGAACGUCAAGAACGGUGGUCCGCUUUGUCAUGGGCGAGCCAAAGAAGGACUGGGAACGCCGUAUUCGUCUGGAAAUGGAAACGUAUAAUGAUAUUAUCAUCCUUCCCAUCGCAGAAAACAUGAACAGCGGUAAAACUCAUACCUUCUACUCAUGGGCUGCUCUCAAUGCAUGGGUACCACCCGUUUAUCCUGAAACUGGCACAAAACCACAUAUGUUUUCCUACUCAGCGCGAACACUCCCUCCUCCCGCAUUAGCGCCUCACGACCCUCUUCUCGCCUGGAAAGACAAAUCGACAUCGGGAACGCCGAUGCCUUGGGUCCGGCCUGAUUUUGUGGUCAAGAUGGAUGACGACUCAUUCGUUAUGCUUGCGGAACUUGAAGCCCGUCUUCGAGUUGAGCUUCACUCUCAGACUAGCAAGUCCGGAGCAGCAGCACCGCACUCUUCAACUCAUUUCUCGGAUGCAACUUCCCGCGAGGAGCCAACCGCGUCAGUUGUUAACCCGCUUUCUGUGGAACGAGAUGCGCGUUUGGCCGAUCCAUUGAUCUACUGGGGUUAUCUAGUAACGAACAGGUUGCAUCGCUUCAUGGCGGGUGAGCUGUAUGCGCUGAGUUGGAGUCUUGUGGACUGGGUGUCGAAGGAUCCGACCGUCAAGCUUCAUAUCAAGGGCAAAGAAGACAAACAGACGGCCAAAUGGAUGACAUUACAUCCCCGUGCUCCUCAAGUGCGAUGGGUCAGCGAGCGCUGUUGGAUCUAUAACCAUCCAAAGUCUGGCACCGUUUACACCCAUGGAUUCCUCUUCCCGUCAGAAGUGACGCGUGUGAAGAGUAAUCUGGUACCCUUCCCCGACAAGGCCUUGCAGGAUGCGCUCAACAGCAGUUUGACUGUUGCUGGGGCACCAACACCGUCUGACUGGGCGUUUUCCACUGUCUCGACAUUCGGGGUCCGAUACGUACUUCCAGUGCCAGACCUGACGAUCCCGCAAAGCAUUGAAGCUCUAGUUGAAGGGAGCGAAAUGUCAACAUUGCGCGAAGGAAGUCCCAAGACUCCUGACUACGCGUGGAACAGACGCGAAGGACGUCGAACUCGAUAUCAAGGACAACGCGUGGGGGGCACAGUUGUCGUUCACUUCAUCAAGAAGAACAUGUGGUUUUUGGAGACGGCCUUGGCAUUGUUGGAGGGCGAUGAACUCAGUGGAAACGAAGAUCUACCCCAGCAAAGCCUCCAACGAACCAAUUUGGAGCCCUCAGCCAACAUCUCCCCAAAUCUCAAUCUCAUAGAAGCAACGGCUAGUGCAUAG